UGCAAAUUAGAAGAAACAGAGUGUGUUUAUCGUUUCGGAAGAUCUCGUGAAUAUUUAAGAUAAAGAGCUUAGUCUUUCUCUCUCUGCUAACUUGCUUCAGAGGAGAAGAAACAGAGUAGGUUUCUCCGUGAAGAUCCGUUAGUCACUCUCCCUCUCCCUCUUCGAUUCUUGGGAUGGAAGUAAACGAAGAUUAUGACGAUGCGGAUGAAUUUUUCCAGAGCUUGUUCGAACAACUAGAGGGUUUAUCAUUAUCAGAAGAUACAGUUGCAGCAUCAACGGAUCCAUGGAACAUCAACGCUCUUCUCGAACCUUUACCACCUCAAUUCCAGAAACAAGCACCACCACCAUCAUUUGAUGUAGCAGAAGUUUUAGAGAAUCUUGAUCAACUCAUGGGACCAGAUACACUUUACACAGAAGAUCAGUCUGUACAAUUCGGAUCCAACAAGAAGACUAUCAUUGCUGUUGUUCCAACUCAACGUUUGUUCAGCUCAAAUCCAAAUCAAGGCUGCAUCGCUGAAACAAGUACAAGUAUCAAUCCAACUCUUCAAGGACGUUCUCCAUCUCAGUUUCAGGACAAGCGGGGCUUAUUCACAGUGCCACCACCAGAGUCUAUCCCGUUCAAGCCUAUUGAAUCUUCAAGUGAUAUUUCUACUGCUGAUUCUGAUCAACAACAACCGAGGAAAAGACAAAGACGGUGACCAAUCUGGCUAUGAUCUAGCCGAAGACUACGAGGAUACUAGAUCUUUCUUACGAUUCAGCUCUCUCUCCCUAAUCAUCUACAAAAAUUAUGUUAAGUCGUUUCAUUUUCAGUUUGCUUUUUAACUUGGGGGUGUGGAGUGGUUAGGAUUGAUCAUGGCUACCAUUUUCCACAUGUAAUAUUCUUUUUAUAGCCUUUUUAGACAAUGUGUCUUGCAUGUUAGUCUUAGACUUUUUAAGACUCUGUAACAGUUAGGAAUUUACAUUCAGCUAUAGUACUACGAAUUGAA